AUGGAUCCGUUUACAUAUCUUAUAAAGGUUUAUGAAGGAUACGGAUCCACGGAGACCAGUAGUGGCAUUUGCACAAACAUAAUUGGAGAAUGGCGAUGCAAUGGAUCCGUCGGUCCACCGCUUGCCAACUGUCACAUCAAACUGAUUGAUGUUCCCGAAAUGGGAUUGGUCGCGAAACGGGACAACAGGGGAGAGGUAGAUUAUUAG